CCCAUGGCCCUCUUCACAAGAGCCAGCAGUCAUCCAAAUAACACCAACCCCAUUCCCUGUGGAGCAGAAAACACUACGGAGCCUUACCUGCCACACUCACAUGCCUACUACGCCCUCUGCUACUGCAUCUUGAUUUUGGCCAUCAUCUUUGGGAACGUCCUGGUCUGCUUAGCUGUGCUGAGGGAACGUGCCCUGCAAACCACAACAAACUACCUGGUGGUGAGCCUGGCGGUGGCGGACCUGCUGGUGGCUAUUUUGGUGAUGCCAUGGGUGGUGUACCUGGAGGUGACUGGAGGAGUCUGGACCUUCAGCCGCAUCUGCUGCGAUAUCUUCGUCACCAUGGAUGUAAUGAUGUGCACAGCCAGCAUUUUAAACCUCUGUGCUAUCAGCAUUGACAGAUACACCGCAGUGGUGAAACCAGUUCAGUACCAGAACAACACUGGGCAGAGCUCCUGCAGGAGGGUGUCUCUCAUGAUCGUGAUAGUCUGGAUGCUGGCAUUCGCAGUGUCAUGCCCUCUCCUCUUUGGCUUCAAUACUACAGGGGAUCCCACUGUCUGUUCCAUAUCCAACCCUAGUUUCAUCAUCUACUCCUCUUUGGUGUCCUUCUACCUCCCCUUCCUGGUGACCCUGCUGCUCUAUGUCCGGAUUUACCUCGUGCUAAGACAGAGACAAAAGAAGCGAACCCUCACCCGGCAGGGCAGCCACAGCGCCAGCACCAAACCGUGUUAUGCACACAAAGAACACUUGGAGAGAAAAGCUUUGCCAAGCAGAUGCCAAGGCACCUUUUCCCCCUGUCUCCCGCUCAAGUGCUCAGGCCAGGGGAUGUCUACCAAAAGGAAGUUGCUGACUAUCCUCAGCCUGCAGCGGUACCGCAGCUUCUGCCAUGAGGCAUCCCUCACCAAGACACCCAGGAGCACACAGCACAGCAGGCUGGAAGAGAUGAGGAGUACCAAGCCAGGACUGGAGGUACGGAGGCUCAGCAAUGGCAAGACCAUCAGCUCUUUGAAGCUAGUGCAUCAGCAGCCCCGGCUGAUCCAGCUUCGGGAGAGGAAGGCUACACAGAUGCUAGCUAUCGUCCUGGGAGCAUUCAUAGUCUGCUGGCUGCCCUUCUUCUUGAUUCACAUCCUCAACACCCACUGCCCGUCCUGCCACGUGCCCCCAGGGCUUUACAGUGCCAGCACCUGGCUUGGCUACGUGAACAGCGCCCUCAACCCCAUCAUCUACACAACCUUCAACACCGACUUCCGCAAAGCCUUCCUCAAGAUCCUCUGCUGCUGACCGCGGGGCUGGCACCGGGCUGCACGGGCUGCGCUCUGUGGUACAAGUGCUCCCCACUUCUGGGGAAGGAGGAGAAGACACAGAGGCAAACCAGUGAGUCCCUCAGCACUGGGCACUGAGAGGCAGACCCAGGCGUGCAGUGCAAGAUCAGCCACCAUAGUGCACGUGGGACCAAAGCAGACAGCAUCUCAUCUCCCUGCCUGUGGGCUGGGAAUGCAUUUGGCUUCCCAGUGCUGGAACCUCAGACUGCAGAAGGCACCCAGCUCAUGCACAGCAGUCCUAAUAGAGGGCAGAACAUGACCUGUUCCUUAAGGAUCCUAUCCCUUUAAUAAUGAGCCAACUCAGAAAGAGAACACUGACAGAGAAAUGACAACAUCCUUGUCUCUGUCAAAAGGCUUACCGAUAAAACUGGGUCACUCUCAGUGCUUGAGUAAAUUGCCCCAGUUGCAAGUGAAACCUUCCCUUGUGCUGCCAGGUUGUAUUUUAUUGCUCCUUGCAAGACAGAGAGGUGGCUACCAUCCCUCUGGUAGGUCAGGUCUCAUGAGAAGCACAGCACUAUCACAAGUGUUCCCGCUCUUCCUAACCCAAAGGCCAGUGCUAGAUUGGCCACUACUUAACUACCACACACCCA